GGAGGACUGACGGCAGCUGGGACGAGCGGCGGAGGGGGAGGGGAGACAAGAUGGCGGAGGCCUCGGCGGCAGCGGCGGCCACCGUCUCUCAGCAUCGCUUCUUCUGCCACAGCUGCAAGGGGGAGGUCAGCCCCAAACUACCGGAAUACACUUGUCCCAGAUGUGAAUCUGGAUUUAUUGAAGAAGUGACAGAAGAUUCCAGUCUUCUAGAAGGAGGUGGAGGUGGAAUAGACGACAGCCCAUCUUCCCAGUUUGCAGACUUUUGGGACCAGCUAGAUCACUCGAUGAUCUUCCCAGACUUCCGGCCGCUCCUGAGCAGCUCGCCUGAGCAAGACAGCCGGGACAACGAAAGGGGCCACCAAGCUCACGCGGACCUUUGGGGACCAAGCAGACCUCCGCGGCUGCCCAUGACACGGCGGUACAGAUCCCGUGGCAGCACGCGGCCCGACAGGUCGCCGGCUAUCGAAGGAAUAAUACAGCAGAUCUUUGCGGGCUUCUUUGCGAAUUCAGCCAUUCCUGGCUCCCCUCACCCUUUUUCCUGGGGUGGCAUGUUGCACUCGAAUCCCGGGGACUAUGCUUGGGGUCAGAGCGGCCUUGACGCGAUCGUAACGCAGCUCCUGGGGCAGCUGGAAAACACGGGACCUCCCCCAGCAGACAAGGAGAAGAUUUCUUCUCUCCCGACAGUGACCGUCACUCAGGAACAAGUCGAUACGGGCCUGGAGUGCCCCGUGUGUAAAGAAGACUACACCGUAGCGGAACAGGUCCGGCAACUCCCGUGCAAUCACUACUUCCACAGCAGCUGCAUCGUGCCCUGGUUAGAACUGCACGACACGUGUCCCGUCUGCCGGAAGAGCUUGAACGGCGAGGAUUCCACUCGGCAAGCACCAAACUCCGAGGCGGCGGCGAGCAAUUCCUUUAGCAGUGCAGGCCACUUACACGACCGAUGGACUUUCUGAAUCCCCCAGCGCAGGGGCGGGGGAAGGGGGUGGGGGAGGUUCAGGCCUGUAGUAGUCCCUACUACAGUUGUAAAAUUGUAUGAUAAUUAAAGUACAAAGCCGAGUAGGAAGGAAAGGAGAGAGAGAGAGAACUGGCACGAGCACGGUGGAACCUCAGCUCACCCGAUCACCGAGAAAAGGCUUGCCUCUUUAGCCGGGUCACGAUGGCAUCCAGGCGCCCUUUUUUCAUGUUUAAUUUCCCAGGCUUUGAGUGAUACAUUUUAGGGUUUGGGGUGGGAGGCGACGCAGAAAAGCCCUGCAAGCGGGAGGCCUCUGUCGAUAAUCGACCCACCGGCUUAAGCAGGGUGUGUGGUUCCACCCCCACCCCCACCCCACCCCUCCUUAGAAGAGUGUACAUAUUCAGUGCUACGAAGGAGCCAGCCAGACGUUUGUGGGGGGCAUCACUUUGCGGGACGAUGAGCCGAGAGCUUCUGUCACCUUUCCAUUGUCUCUCCAGAUAGAAUCUUAUUAACCCCGAUCCAUCCAGCUUUUCCCACGAUUCUGGGCGCUCAACAUAUUUUGGCCGAGUUGUUUGUUUUUUUAAAAGACGUGGCCGGGACUGAAGCACAUAGCUGGGGUUCGGUUUUGUUUGUGAUUAGGUUUUCCCGGAAUGGGAGAGAACCAUCAAGGUUGGAAGGGGGGAAGAGAGAGAGGGAGGAGGAGAGAGAGGGGAGGGGAACCCCUCGAUUCCACGGAAGCAGGUAUGCAAGCACACCUCUGUAGCAGGGUUUAAUCCCCCCCCCCAGGUUCUUGUCCACAGUUCAGUUGUUCUCGGGUUUUGUCAGAACCAGGAUUUAUAUCCACCUGCCACUUAAGACCCUUGCGUUCUUUUUCUUUUCUUUUCUUUUUUGCUGCCUUGUUAGCAGAUGGACCACGUUUAAUUUAUCCUUCACAUCAAAGACUUCAAACUCUGUGUCUUGUAGGCAGUUCUUCGAUAUUGAAUGUGAAAACGCCAUCCGUAGAGAACCGCUGCUUUCCUCCCCCUCUGUCUUUCCUUUUUUUUUUUUAAGUGUGUUUAGAACAUUUCUGUCAUCUGCAUCUUUUUCCCCUCCUUUGUUUUUAAUCCUCUGAAUCAUGUCUGAACUCAGAACACCCGGCUGCACAUGGGCCCAAAAAAGCGCCUUUCUGUUCGGGAACCAAAAGGAUGUCUGGCUUGGACAGUAGGGGAAGGGCUGGGGGUGGGUGGGUGGAGACAGAGACAGAGAGGGGUAUGGCAGAGUCCGGUCUUG